AUGUCAAGACUCGCUGGAAGGAUCACUUACCCUGGAGAAGGUGAGUAAACUUUUCCCAUUGUCAAUCUGAACACAUUCCGCAUUCCAGCGACCUCCAACUCUUCGGAUCCCCCUUCCUUGAAUGACCGUAAUCCAUCUGCUUCGGACUCGAGAGACAGUCGGGCACCGAGAGGCAGGAAUGCUCCAGAGAUGUCGUGGAGACAGAAUAACGACCGAGAGGUCAGAACUUUGAAUACUUUGAAGUUGAUCCUGGUAGCAGAAAAUAUUUCAGACGGAGUUCUCGAGACCCUACAGAGGAAAUGUCAGAGGAAGAGGCAAUGGGGUCUAUCAAGGAGCGCAACGGAAGUUCGACCGAUCGGACAACUUCCAACGGCAGGACAGAUGCCAAGAGAAGCCUGAAAGAAGUUAUAAACCGGACAGAAGAGUUCAAUCGGAUCGGACUGAGAAAUCGGAGAGACCAAGGUCUGUCGAGCAGCCGGAGCAGCCGAGAAGACGGACUGCCAAGAUUGAGGAGGUUGUAGGCAGUGAGGAACUGUUAGAUCUCGAAGACAUUAUCACUCAAAUAUGUGAUCUCACCGUCCGGAGCGAUCGCUCUGCAGCUCAAAUAAGUAAGUGAUUCCACGAAAUACCGUAAUUAUCAUUAUUAUUAACAUAACUCUUCACGGGACUCCUCUGUUUGGUUGUUUGUCUGCUUAUUUCACCGUUUGUCCGUCCCCACUUUCAUUUCUAAAACGAAAAGAUUGUGACAGAGAGACUAAGAAAUGAACACGUAAACUUUCGAACGCUUAUGAAAAACAAACAAGCAGCAAAGCCGCUUUCGAGCGUGAGCUCGGCCCUGUUUCAAAAAGUAUUGUCUAUUAUACCAAUGAAUUUCAGAACGUAAUAUUCUGGGAAGCACGGAUCUGCUGGAGACGAUGGAAGAGGACGAGUGGCAAAAAGUGUGCGAAUCCAUGCUGCGGACCGCUCUGCAGCAAGGAGAGCCCGAGUUCAUCUCGGAUCUCAUUGUAGCUCUUUUCAGUGAGUUUUGCUUAUUAUACAGAGGUGUUAGAAGAAACUAUUUUCAGAGAAUCGCCUGUUCAGUGCGGUGAUGUCUGAUGAAUUGAUGGCCGCAUCGUCGAAGCAUAUAAUGGAGGAGGACGAGGCGCCGUUGCCGUCCCUCCUGGCCGCGAUUCUGUGUGCUCACUGGCCACGCCAGUACGCGAAAGCGUUUGACAAUGUGAAUCCGAUUCUUUACACAAUUGUGUGCAUUGUCAAAGGAUGGAUACUUGUGGUUCGCGAAGACACCGAGGUAAUGGUACUGCAGGAAACUAAAAAAGAAAGACAGUUUACAGAGAUAUUACAAAGAGGAGAAGAAACCAAAAUACGAAAGUGGUAUAAGAAACGACGAAGAAGAGAAAGAUGAAGAAGUCGACGACGAAGAGAAGUUCAUUGAGGAGCCGGCAAUGGUCAACAAAUGCGCGGUGGCUCUGUGCGAUCUGUGCGACUUCGCUCAACGGCAAUUGUGGGUCAACUGGAUGAGUGUGACUGAUGAGAUCUACCAGUGCAUCAAACCGACCAUCACCCAUAAUCCGAACGUGACGGGCGCCACGAAGGCACGUCUUCUGAACACUUUCCUUGAGAUCCACCAAUGGACCAAAACCAGGGCGCUUUCAACGAAACACGUGCAAACGCAGACAGCGACGUCAUCUGA